GUCGAAGUAAGUCACUAACUGAAUCCUGUUUUUUGCAGAGCAAGGUCAUGGCCGACGAUUCUAAGAAGAACAUCCUUCAGUGCCCUGCUCUUCUCCAGUACAUACUGGAAGAGAAUUCGUAUCCGAGAGAGCAUGAACAGUUGAAGGAACUCAGAGAAACCACGUUAGAAACGUUCAAGUCCCGGAGCGUGAUGAGCGUACCGGCGGAUCAAGGAUUGUUUUUAUCAAUGCUUCUGAAAUUGAUGAACGCAAAGAAAACGAUCGAGAUCGGCGUAUUCACUGGCUAUUCGCUCCUUACCACUGCGCUAGCACUGCCCGCUGAUGGUCAGAUUACUGCUAUUGAUAUAAGCAGAGAAUCAUUCGAGGUUGGCUUACCGUUCAUAAAAAAGGCCGGAGUUGAUCAUAAGAUCAAUUUUGUAGAAUCACAAGCAUUGAUCGUCCUCAACGAUCUCCUCAAUGACGGAAAAGAAGGAGAAUUUGAUUUUGUGUUUGUGGAUGCUGAUAAAGGAGAGUACAUUAAAUAUCACGAAUUGCUUAUGAAAUUGGUGAAAGUCGGUGGAGUAAUUGCUUAUGACAAUACCCUAUGGUUUGGAACAGUGGCACAGAGUGACGACGUUGUUGAUGAGAAAUUAAAGGCUAGUAGAAACCAUAUACGAGAACUUAAUGCUUUUCUUGUUAAUGACUCGCGCGUUGAGAUAGCUCUACUCUCCGUUGGAGAUGGCAUCACUCUCUGCAGACGUAUUGAGUAAGAACAAGUGCAAGCAGGGUGGAUGAUGACGACGUCUGUUGCACAACCAUGAAAAUCAUAUGGAUUUUAGAUUUCUCGUAUUUUCUUUUCUAUCGAACCUUUGAACUAAAGAGUUUGUGUUUCAUUUUGAAGAACUUAUUAGUUUAUUUGACUCGGACCUGUUCUAAAAAAGUCGAGGCAUUUCGAAUUGCCUGAGUCGAUUCCAUGAUUAUAAGUUCAUUCCAUACCGAGCCAGACUGGAAUAAUGUCUUGGUGGGGAAGUUAUAAAAACCUUUCCGUACUUGUAAAAUGUUAUUUCUCCUCUAAAUGCUAGAACUAUGUUAUAUUA